UCCCGCAGCUCUGCUGUGGCUGGCAGCGCCCGAGAGGCUGUGAGUGUGCGCCUUUCUCGUGUUUAUGCCCGUUAGGUUUGAACGAUGGUGACAGCGCCGUAAGCUGCGGUAUGGCAAUGUCCGGAUGUAUCACUCUCUUGGCCAUCGAGACAAGCUGUUUAAAUAAUGGUCGUGACAGACGACUGCUGCGCGAUAUACAGCGCCAUUAACAACUGAAGGUCAUCAAUAAGUGUUUAGUGGAAAAUGAGGUACAACAGGGUAACAUCUUGACGAUUUUCUGAUGAUUUGAACGGAAAGUAAUGCACACAGAAGCCUCCCAAGCUGUCAUCAUGGAACAAGUGAAGUCUAGGGGAGCAGAGAGCCCCCGUCUUGCUUCACUACGCCAGUCUGAUGCAAUUGGAAGCCAUUCAGAGGCAGAGGAAGUUGGAGUGGAGAAGCGAAAAAAACGAAAAAAGGAGCCAAGGCCAGAAUCCAUUAUUGUGUAUCGCUCAGAGGUUGAGAUGGUGUCAAGUGAAGAGCCAGGGAAAGAAGACACAGAAAAGAGUGGGGAUGAGGCGGCCAAGUUCUUGAGCACUCCAACCGGAGAAGGAAACUGGAAUCCUCCACUGGACGGCCGUUAUGUUACACUAACUGGGACAAUAACACGUGGCAAGAAGAAGGGCCAGAUGGUGGAUAUUCAUGUGACUUUGACAGAGAAGGAGCUUCAAGAGCUAGCAAAGUCCAAAGAGCCCCUCCAGACAGAAACAGACAAUGAGACGACAGAGAGAAGAAAGCAGGCCUGCCAGAUGGGGGUCAGCAAGGGUCCCCACGUUGUCUUCUGGAGCCUGGCUUGUGCUCCUGUGGUGUUUAUACUUUCCUUUGUAAUGUCCUUCUACUAUGGCACUAUCACCUGGUAUAAUAUUUUCUUGGUUUACAAUGAGGAACGAACGUUUUGGCACAAAAUAACCAUUUGUCCCUUUCUUAUCAUCUUUUACCCUAUUAUCAUUGUGGUAAUAUCUCUCUCUCUUGGUCUGUAUACUGCCAUCACACAGGUUUCAUGGGCUUUUGCUGAAUGGUGGAUUGCUGUCCGUGAUCUAGAGAAAGGCUUCUGUGGCUGGAUUUGCAGUAAGCUUGGCCUGGAGGACUGCUCUCCCUACAGUAUAGUAGAGCUUCUAGACUCAGACACCCUCUCGGGCAGCAUUCCAGGCAAAGGGGGUCCAGUUCAGGAGCUUGAAACAUCUGCAGUUUGAAAUUUUCUACACUUGUAAUGAUAGCUUACUGUAGGAAACCUUAAUAAUUGCUUUUGCUAUCCUCAUUGCGACUUUCCAUUUUAAUACAAAGUAAUUCAUAUUUCAAUAAAUGUUGCUCAUUCUCUCUGAAGUAUAAUAUUGCUGAUUCCAGAAUCUGUGGCCUUCUCAAACAAUGGUGCUGCCAUUUAACGCAAAGUUGCCAUUUGGUAGAUUUGCUUUAUAUGGCCAAGAAAGUGUCUGAUUAAGUGUGGGUCUUUCUUUUUGUAAAAAGACUAAUUGAAAUGUUUUCUAUAGAUAAAUUAACAUUGAGAAUGCCAAACCAACAGCAGCUAAGGAAUGCUUUGAUAUGGAGUAAGUAUGUAUGUACGUAAGAUUUCUUUUCCUGCAUGGGAGGUCAGCUAAUCAAUGGUUUUCUUUACAAUAGAACUGGACAGUGUAAACGAUGUAGGAGAAAAAUAUAUGGCACAUACUUGUCUAGGAUCACUGCGUAAGAUACCGACUGUGGCUUUCAGACAUCUCUUGGAUCCAUUCAACAUAGGAGAGUGUUUGGACAUGCAUUGUAUUUUCCACGGUCUGAGAUUAUGAUCUAUGAAGAAACUAACAAACAUAUUAAAAUGAUAAAUAUACUUUCUAUUUUUAUAUUAAAACUCUUAAUUCUUUGAUUUUCAAAUAUUGAUUUCAUAUCCAAAAUAGCAUGCCAAAGGCACAUUGGCCUCUUUUAAUGUCUUGUGCUGAAAAACGAUGUUGCUGUUAAAAGGCAUAAUGUAAAGUAUGCACUUCCACUGAUGAAAUAUGGAAUGACCUGAUCCUUUUUUGCUGUUUACUGAGUAUAUUUAGUGCUAUAUACUUUUUCAUGAACAGAAAACCUUCAUGAGGUCAGUUUAUGAGUAGAAGUUGUUAACGCUGACAUUUAUGAUGCUGGGUCUUACUUUCACCUUUCUUACUGUUGAAAUAAUGUUCUCUGUUAAUUUUUGAUUAUUAUACAGUAUAUAUACACUUAUAAGUGACUGAUAGUUGAGGAACUUUGUGUAAUGCUAAACAAAAUCACAGAUGACUUUUUGCAAAAUGUAGUGUAUUAUAUAAAAAUCUCUGAUUUUCCUAGAGAUGAAAGUUAUAGUAAAUAGGUAUAUGUCUUUGGUCUAACUGUCCUUCCUUCUUCCAGAUGUUUAAGCCUGUUCUGGUAAGGCAGUGCAGUGUUGAUAUCAAAGUAGGCAACAACUGAACCUUGCCUUGAAGAGGUUAACUGUACAUUGCAUGGCUAACAAAAUCUCAGCGACAUACACAUCCAUCCUUGGGAAAUCAAUGCAGAAUAUUAAUAAAAAUGUUUAUGGGCAGAAUCUUGGCAUAGUGAUUAGUGCUGUUGCCUUAUGGAUCCAGCAUUCUGUGAUUGAACCCAUUGACCAGUUGUUCUUAAAAUGGAGCUUGUCAGCCUUCCCCAUGUGUGUAUGGAUUUUUUUUUCCAGAAACUGUGGUUUUCCUUUUACAUUCUAAAGAUGUGAGUGUUAGGUUACUUCCGUAUUUGCCCUUUGUGGAUGUGGACAUGAAUGAAUGUUACAAAUGACUGGUGACCUGUCCGGGAACAGUUCCAGUUUUGCAUAGACAGGCACCACGUUCCUGUGUCCCUGAACUAGUAAAGUGGGUUAGAACCUGGAUAGAAUGAAACAUGUUUAAUUGGCUGACCCUUUUGUUAAGGUUCUACUUAUAUUUUAAUAUAUAAUCCUGUAUGACAGUCCUUGCAAGACUCUAUUUAUGUUGUGACUAGAUGCACCAUUAACAUCAAGUGAAUCAGGCAUAUGACAUCAUCUAUUCUUCAAUUAUUUGUUUUCCAGAGGCUGCUAAAUGGGAUGAAGUUGCUUAUUAGCCACUGUAUACAGUAUUAUUAUAAAGGUAGCUUUUUAUAGGACCAUCUCCACUACUAUCUUUUAUGUGCUAUUUUAUGAAUUAUAUGCAUUAUUUAUAUAGUUACAUAAAUCAACAAACAAAUCAGCUUUUAAGAAAAUGUCAACUCAUUGUUUGUAGAAAUAAAAUAUCUGUAGGAGACAAAUUGGCAGAAGCUUGCACUUAAUCUGUAGUAGAAAAAUUACUUAUUUGUACGUUAGAGCUUUCUUUUGCCGUUGAGGGAGAAUAUAGCCUGUGCUCCAGAAAUUACCAGGCCUUAGGCAUUCAUUACAGUGCUAAAAGAAAGAGGACUACUAAAGGGUAUGUUUGAAUGAAUUCAGCUACUGUAUUUUGAAGUGCAUAUUAUACUGCUGUUAGAUUAGUCUCUUUUCAAACAACACACAGAAUUCCCUUUACCACUUCAUAGUGUCUUUCUUUACAUUUUCAGCUUCCAAAUUACUAGCGUAAACACUGGCUUAUGGUUGUCAAUAUGAUAAACACUAUUAUUACCCUACACUUUAUGUUGUUCCUCAAACUAUUAUUUGUUGAUUUUUAGGGUUGUAGGUAUGAGCCCCCUUUUAGUUUUUGAUUUUGCAGUGCAUUUAAAUAAUUUUCUCCUUUAUUUAGCCAUCUUCAAAAGUUCACUUCUAAAAGCCAUUCAGACCCACAGUCUUGAAAGUUUUGAAAGAUUCAGGACUAUGGUUUUAAAGGUGUAACAAUCUUAUGUCCUAAUGCUUGCUUUUAAUAUUAAGCUCAAUUAACUUUUUUAGCAUGAUAAGAAAAAGGCACAUAAAAAUGUUCAGGCGAUACACAAAUAUACUGCUCAGUCACCUGAUGUUAUCCGUAAAAGACAGACAAAAAAUGGAGAAAGCAGAAUGUAGUAUUGAAAUCCUAACUGAUCCUAAAUAGAACUAUAAAAGAAAAGUAAAAAGGCCAUCCAAAGAUAAGCUUGACUCAUCUCCUAACUAUGUGCACUUGCCUAUAACAACUAAUCCCUAAUGGGUAAAAAUCUGAAAAAAAUCAAAACAGAUAUGAAGACAAACGCAAAAUGUGCUGGAAAAUCAUAGAUUAUGGCAUGUAAAGGAACUUUCAAACUAACCAGAACUUAGAAAUGGGAAAAGAACAUCACAUACAGUCUGGUUUCUAAAAAAAAAGAAGAGCUGACCAUCUUACCAGACUUCCAGGGCUGCACUGUAGUGGGGCAGAUUUGUUGCUCAUGACCACAUGAUCUCAGAAAGCAAGUCACAUAAUCAUGUCAUAUGACAUGAUAAUAUGGUGGCCAUCUUGGACUGCCAGACAAAAUAAUACAGAUUGAAAAAUAAGGUUAAUAAACAACAGUGGCAAAAUAGAGUGCCAAAUGCACUUCAGUGGUUAUAGAACCUAAAUACUAACAUUUGUCUGAGUUAGUUGCUCAAAUCAACUACAGCAGCAUUUCAUUGUAGCCAAUCUAUUAAUAAUGGGCAAAAUGAGCAUCAUAUAAAAAUUACCAUUUAAUUACACAACUUGUAUCCCAAGCUGUGAACUCAGAAGGUUCCAAAAAGUUUCACUGUCUGCAAGCAGAUUUUCUAUGACAUUUAGCAAACCCGAGUUCCUUACAAAAGUUUGGUUCACAGAAUUCUAGUACUUUAUAUUCUGCUUCUUUUAGUGCCUGUGAUACAUUCUGCUUAAACACAUAGUUCAGUUCCAAAAAAUGAAAUGGUAGCAAGUAAGAUCCAUGCGGACAAGCUGCCUCUUUACUUUUUACUUUUUCUAUGUCAGAUUUUUACAGUUAAGAAAAGCAAAAUAGCAAAUAUUAAUAAGCCUACUAUAAAAUUUGGACUAAGCUGUCUCAACAACAAUACAUCGAUUUGCUACUUUUCAUAACUCUAAAUUCACCACAUAGGUGCAGAAAAAAUAAAAACUUCAAGCUAGCUUUGGAGUCCAAACACAACCAAUAGUACCUGGUUACAAUGAAAAUCCACAGCUACUGAGAUUAAGUAAUCCAGGCCAAAUAUGUACAUUUAAAUAACUUUGGCAUGAUCUGCUAUCUGUAGAUCCCCUAACACAGGGAGAGUGAGAGAGAUGCAGAAGUAUUUAUAUAUUUUUGUAUCAAUCAGAAUUUAGUGUACGUGAUUGUGUGUUGGGUUCUCUCUAAAUUUGUUCAGGGUUUUAUAGACACAUCUGAUGUAAGCUUCAGAUAAUGCAAUAUAUACAGUAUAUAUGCAGAACGUUUUCAAGAAACACAUUAGAGAACUCCAUUCAUGGCAUUGUGGAACACUGACUACAAGAUCAAUUAGGCUUUUCCUAAAAACAAAA